GGAAUUUUAUAAAACUAAAACGGAGAUUUGAAUAUGUUAGUCCUGAAAGUUAUCCACACCUUAAUGUUUGGAAUAUUUGCUUUCUUCUAUACUGGAAAUUGUGAGGUCUCGUCUAGUACAUUUAAAUGUAAGUUUCCAAAAGGAAUUUUCAAUGGAGUGUGUGUUUUCUGUCCAGCAGAAACAUUAUAUGAAUUGACAUGGAAUUUGGGAUACAAAUAUUUGCCUCAAUAUUGGUAUCAACCGGUAACACAUUUAACUUUCCAUUCCAAUCACAAUUGUGUUAGAACAUGUUCUCAGGAGAAACCGUUCAUAUCCAGAAGACAGUGUGUAUCAAACUGUCCAGGAAAAUCGAGUCAGACCGGGAAUACAAAAUACUGCAAAGAAGAAGGUCUGAAUGAUGGCUUCUGUGACGUCAACAACUGUCCACUCCCCAAAUACAAAUGCUAUUAUAUGCAAUGUUUUAGAAAAUGUCCAGCCUUUACUGUUGCCUACAAUAAUAGUUGCGUAAUUGAGUGUUUCAAUGAUAAACCGUUCAUUCUUCAUAACAACUGUGUACGGCAGUGUCGGGAGCAGGACGUGAUUGAAAACGGAGUUUGUCGCAAGAACUGUUCGAUCGAUCACUUUUUGUCUGGCAGAUAUUGUGUUGAUAAAUGUCCAGAAAACCAACCCUAUAUCGAUGGCGAACGUUGCCUUUCAGAAUGCCCACAUUUUAAAAAGAUUCAAGAUAACAGAUGUGUAAAAAGUUGUUCUCAUGAUCGUUUCCUUGCUGGGAGAGUUUGCUUUAAACGAUGCCCCUCUGGACUCUAUGAACACAAACAUGGUUGUGUUGCAUCUUGUCCCAACAAUGUAUUAUUGGAGAACCAAACAUGUGUUUACAAUUGUUCUAACGGGCUUCUUGUUUCGGAUUCAAAAUGUGUAGCAGCAUGUCCAUCUGGACAUUUCGUCUAUGGAUCUGAAAGCAUAUGUACAAAAACAUGCGAUGGUUUUACAUUUUAUAACAACAGCAUGGCGUUUUGUUUACAAAAAUGUCCUGAAGGAACAGCUCGAAGGAAUCAAACUUGCGUGAAUAGUUGCCCAAGAAGUCGACCAUUCCUACAUGCAGAAUCAUGUCUUACUAAAUGUCCGAAUUCAUCUAGAUAUGUUUUAAGAAAUAUAGGUCCACUCGAUAAGUUAUUUUUCAGAUGCACAGAAAGUUGUCCAAAAUACGUCUCUUUGGUAAGCAACAUGUGCAUUGAUUCUUGUUCCCUGGGUGAAGUAUUAUUCCGUAAUAUAUGUCAAUCACAAUGUCCUUUGUCGGACCCUUACCCUGUCCAUGUACCAGCAACAGACAGAUAUCAUAUAGAUUUCACAACAUCAUAUGACAUUCAAAAACCAAUAUCUGCGCUAGUGAUGUGUGCUGAGGAAUGUCCAUUUAAUUUUGUGUUGGAUAAUAAUGAAUGCUUUGCUGACUGUCCAAAUUCAUCAAAAAUCAUGGUAUAUAAUGAAACGUGUUUUAGCGAGUGUCCUUUCCAUCAUCCCUUCAUCGUUUCAAACGGUACCAGGAAAACUUGUGUCAGUGAAUGUGACAAACAACAUUUUCAAAUGCAUUGUGUGAAUAAAUGUCCAGAACCGCAUAGAUUUCUGCUUAAUAAGGAAUGUGUCAACUGCAAAGAAAAAGGAUUGUACGAAGAUGGCAACACGUGUGUGGAAGCAUGCGAGUUUCUUCAUUACGACGAUCGAUGCUAUUAUGUUUGUCCCCAAGAAGUGCAAUUUGUUUUCAAUGGAACUUGUUCCAGAUCUUGCCCCGUAAGUCUACCCAUGGUAGAUGAACAGGUACAUAAAGGACAUAUAGUUUCAGUAUGUGUCCACGGCUGUCCGAAAGAUAAGUUUAUUUUUGGAAACCACUGCGUAUCCAGUUGCCCCCAAAACAAAAGAUUUCCAAUGAAUAAUAGAUGUAUGUCCUGUCAGGACAUUGGAAAAUAUGAUGAUGGAUCUAAAUGUGUAGAUGUAUGCCCCGAGUUACAUCAAAACUUUCACUGCGUAUAUAGUUGCCCAGAUUUAAAGGUUUACAAAAAUACAUGUGUGCGGGAUUGCCCAACCAGUGCACCUUUCACAACAGAUCGGAAUUACAUAACGUAUUGUGUUACACAUUGCUCAGAGGGUUUAUAUAUUUACAAUGACAGGUGUGUGUCUUCUUGCCCAUAUGGAAGUAAUGUUCUAUCAAACAACACUUGCGUACAGAAAUGUCCCCGAAAUGCCCCAUUCACACAGAAAUUAGGUGGUGUAACGCUAGAAUGCUUGAAACGUUGCAAACAAAAUCAUUACCAACAUGGUUUUACGUGUUUAGAACGAUGUCCAGAUGGAUAUUAUGUAUAUAAAAGUAAGUGUGUUCAAACCUGUCCACAGGACGCCCCUUAUAUGUACAAUAAAUCGUGUGUCAGUACAUGUUGGUCCUUAAAGCUAGGAAUGAAUUGCUAUGAUAAAUGCCCUUCAGGAAAUUAUCGAUUUGAAGAUAGGUGCGUUUUGAGUUGUCCACUUGGAGUCCCGUACAAAUAUCAAGGAGAAUGUGUUCAGACCUGUCACAAUUAUACAAUAAACAUGAAUUGUUAUGAUCAAUGCCCUGCUGGAUUAAUAGGAUAUAAGAAAAAGUGCAUCCUGGAAUGUCCAAAAGAAGCAAUGUUUUAUCAUAACGGUGAAUGCCUAUGUAAGUGUCCAAAUGACACAAUUGUAAUCAAAACAACAUGUUACGAUUCUUGUCCAGGUGGAAAGUAUGAAUAUCAACGGAAAUGUAUCGAAAAGUGUCCCAAACGUGCUCCAUAUAUUGAAGAAAAAAAAUGCGUACAGUCCUGUACAAUCUUAACAGAUGGAUUCCGCUGUUAUGACCAAUGUCCCAGUCGGAAAUACAGUUUCCGAGGAAAGUGUGUCAAUAAAUGUCCUCCGGAGGCUGCUUUUAUGAAUGGAAAAUCAUGUGUAGCAGCAUGCCCUCUUUACCAUGAUGGAAAUUUAUUUUGCAUAAAGAAAUGUCCACAAAAUUAUGUUCCACAUGGAAAGGAAUGUAAAGAUGAAUGCCCAAAUGAUUCACCAUUUUACGCUUUCACAUUUCUAAGCGAAAAACGAUGCACGAAAAAAUGUUCCGCGUUUGAGUUAGCAGCGGAGAACAAAAGUUGUAUCUUGCAGGACAAAUGUUCUGGCUUUAGAGACGGUAUGUGGUGUCUAAGCAAAUGUCAUUUGCACAAUUUUAUUCUUCGGUCUGAGGAUAAAAAGUACUGUCAUCCAUUGGUACCCGUUUAUAUUGCCCUCAUCAUCUUAACUGUGGCAGUGAUUAUCAGCAUAGCCUUUGGGAUGAGAAUUAUAUGUCACUGUUAUCAUAAUCGACAGGUAGAGAAUAAAGAUAAAUAUCAAACGCUAGCAGAUGAAAACAACGAUAAAUUCGAUGAAGAUAUCGCCCUCAUUUAAACAUCUACAUUUCAAUUUCCUCAUCACAUCUCUAAAUUUGUCUCUAUUUCUUUCUAUCCGUUUGCUGAUUGAUACUUUAAGUUACUCUCUGUGUAUAUACCGUUAAGGAUUCUCAGUAUCAAGCCAAUUACAAAAUAAAUUGGCUUGUAAAUACGCGUGUAGGUAGUUUAUAUCAUUUGCAAGAAGUAGAUCAUAGAUCAAUCAGUUUCAAGAAAGUGAUAUUAAUAGUACUCUAUGCAUUUCUUUCCAAUAUUCAUGUUGACUUCAAUCAUUCAGAAAUUGAUUAUUCGCGCAACAUUUUUGAUAGUAAUACUCCGAGGAAGAAUAUUUUGUAAGAUUCUCUUUUUCGAAGUAAAAUAUAUUUUAAAAAACUCUAAGCACUUUGUAGAAAUAUUUCGACCAUCUUACCGGUGUUCAGUCGUGUUUAUAUGCCAUAGCAACGUAACACAAGACUUCUUACACAAAAGUACUUUUGUGUACGUAGUCUUGCGUUACGUUGCUAUGAGAGAUAAACACGACUGAAGAAGACCGGUAAAACGGUCGAAAUAUUUCUACAGUUUUGAGAGAGAGAGAGAGAGAGAGAGAGAGAGAGAGAGAGAGAGAGAGUGUGUGUGUGUGUGUGUGUGUGUGUAAUAUGUCCUUUUGAAUUCCUUUAGUGUAAAUCUUCUUCCUUCGAAAGCCAUUCUCUGGUUGUCGUUUUUGUAUUUCUAUUAUUUCCCUUUACCUGUUAAAUCCUUCACAGUCCCAUGUUUCUUAUACUUUUGGUAGUUGUACCUACUCGUGUAAACCCCACUGUUAUCAGCAUAUAAGAAAACGUGCAUUUGAUUUGUUCGUGGAGCUGUAUACAUAUAUUUACUUGUAUUGUAAAUCUUUAUAUAUUUUGCUUUUGUCUAUUAUCAAUAUUGUUGUAAUAAUUCCAUUGCAUUGGUGUUAAUAAAUAUAUCAUUAAA